CUAAAGUUUCUAAAUUAAGUAAAAGGAAUUUGGUCACAGGAUUUCAUCAAAUGGAUGGGGAAAUUAAACUAUUAGGAACAGUGUAGGAUGGUUUGAAUGCAUCACUGCACAAAUUUUAGCAAAUCCCAGCCCUAUUUUGAGAUUUGGGAAAGUUCAGUGAUUUUUUUUUUUUGAGUAAUUUUGACAAGUCUUUUGAACUUGCGAAACAGAUGAAGCAGCGUUUUAUUUGUCUUGAGUAGCAAUAACUCCAACAAAUUUUUGACUCUCAAGAUGAUUAGGAGACUAAAACACAGAGACUUUCCUGCCACAAAGGGUCACUGCUGCUAUGCACACACAACUAGGGAGUAAGCUUCUGGAGGAAUGGUUGUAGGCAUAGCUCUCUCAGGAGUUCUUGGAUGGAGCUAUCCUGCUUCUUUGUCUGGAAUGGACAGUUACCAGAUUUUGACAUUGGUAGUUGACUGGAGCAUACAGGUCCACCUCCAGCUCACAUCUGUCAUACACAGUAGCAGCAGCAAGCUCUGCCCUAUUUCUUCUCUGUUUGCCUUUUUUAUUCUGGAAGUAAUAUGCUAUCUGGAUGAAGAAAUGUUCUGUUGCUGUUUCUGAGCUUCCGUUUUUCUCGCUUAGCCUAGUAGUGGGCAUCAAUAUCCAUCUGAGCUCUGCAAGAAAAAAGAGUCCCAUUGCUCAUCAAGGAGAAGCUACUACUGUUCUGUGAUUUUGACCAGCUUCCAGAUGAUGUACCUGUUUCAGCUAACAUUGCAGACAUUGAAGAGAAGAAAGGCUUUUCUAAUUAUUAUAUGUUUGUCAUUGAAGUAAAGCUUAAAGGUGGUGGCAGAUACCUGAUUUUCCGACGCUAUCGUCAGUUCUAUGCCCUGCACACCAAACUAGAGGAGAGAUAUGGGGCAGAGAGCAAAAACAGCCCUUUCACCUGCACACUCCCCAUAUUGCCAGGAAAAGUUUAUGUUGGGGCCAAAAAGGAAAUAGCUGAGAACAGGAUUCCUAUCCUAAAUGUCUACAUGAAGAACCUACUCUGCCUACCCGUUUGGGUGUUGAUGGAUGAAGAGGUCCGGCUGUUCUUCUACCACUCAACCUUUGAUGGUGAACAGGUGCCUCACAGACUGAGACGGCUUCGCCCACGGACACGCCGAGUUAAGAGCAUUUCACCUCAAGUGCCUAUUUCUGACCGCACGGCAGCUCCACGGGCUGAGGCACUGUUUGAUUUUUCUGGAACCAAUAAAAUGGAACUCAGCUUCAAGAAGGGAGACUUGAUCUAUCUACUUAGCAGAGUAAACAAAGACUGGUUGGAGGGAACAGCUAAUGAUGCCACUGGGAUUUUCCCAUGUGCUUUUGUGAAGAUCAUAAAAGAUUUACCACAGCAGGAAGACACAGUUAAUAAAGUUCGCUGUUAUUACCAUGACGAGACUAUGAGCACUGUCAGGGAUAUUUCAGUGGAAGAGGAUCUGAGCAGCAUUCCAUCAUUCAAAGAUCUCAUGGAAUUGAUGAGGCGGGAGUUUGACCAAGAUGACAUUGUUUUGAAUUACCGGGACCCUGACGGUGAUCUGAUCCGGCUACUCUCCGAUCAAGAUGUUGAACUCAUGGUGUCUCAGAGCAGGAGAAGGCGAUCUGAGAAGCAUUUCUUCCCUUGGAAGCUGCACAUCACGCACAAAGAUGACUUGGGUGUCUACAACACUAGUCCAGGAAUAGGUGCUACUCAAACAGUAAGAGCAACAUAAGCGCUAUAUAGAAAUGUCCCAGUAGGUAGCUAUACAGUCCUUCUGUAAUCCCUCUCUGCAGACAGUUUCCUUUAACAAGCCUUUGAAGUAGGCUUGAAAGGAGUAAUUUUUAGUAAUAUAUUACCUUUCAAUGCAAAAUCUGUACUUACUUAGCUUUUUCAGCUUUUUAGCACUCCUCUGUAAUAGAGACGUCUACAUAGAGCUCACAGAAAGUGAGGAACAGAGAAAUAAAAUCACUGGCCGUAUUCGCAAAGCAAGUCAGUGUUAGCCUGCAAUAGAGGUUUAGUGUCCUGAGUCUCAAGACCUGCUCUAAUCUCUAUUCUUGCUCCCAAAGCUAAUUAUUUGUCCAGAAUGUCUUCAUAAGCUUUUUUUCUAGACUGCCAUAAUUUUCUCUUAGCUUGCUGAUAUGAAGGUUUGUGUGCCAGUGCUCAUGAAUGUGCAAUUAUUUCUGUUACUUGGGAGUCUGACUGGGCAUUCAGAGCUUGUCCUGGAAGCAUCAAGAAAACUUUUUUAUAUUUCAGUGAAGAAAUCGCAGCCCACCUUUGCUUUCUUCUUUCUACUGACCAAUAUUUUGAAUUCUGUGAAUGAAACCCAGUACACCUGUGGUGUUCCUCAUAGACCUUUUUGUAAUUGUACAGACUACUUAUUUCUGCAUUCUGGGAAAAUUUGUGUGAUACCUAUUCAAAUAGCAAUUUUUUCUCUGUCUGUCUUCUGCUUUCUGACAUCUCAUCGCAAAGUAGAACUAACAAGAAAUUACUGUAUCAGAUUCUUCCACAAAUAAAGUUACACAUGAGUAUAUUUUAUCAGUUUCUAUUCAAAAGAAUUUUUUUGGGGGGGAUGAAGUAAUUCUGCUCUUUUUUUUUUUUUUUUGUGUGAAAGUGAGAUAAUUUUAAAGAAGAGUUUGAAAGCUAUUCAUCUUUCCUUCAAGAGUCGUUCAUUAUAGAACAAAAAUAUAUCUUGCAAUAAUUUCUUUGAUGUUCAUGCAAUUAAAAUACUUUCUUCUUGAACAAAUAUACUGCUGCUGAUAAGAAUUACAAUUUAUGUAUGUUUUACAUAAAUUCUUUGAUACCUAAAAUACUGUAUUUUAAAACUACCAUGCAGUCAUGAUGUUAAAAAGAUACCAAGUAUAAAUAUAAUCAGUAAAAAGUAAAAAGUUAAAAGAAUUUUCGAACACCAUGCUUUGGAUUUGACUGUUAGUUUCUGUGGCAUUAGGCUACACUUCCCCAUUUAAAAAAAUAUUUGUCCCUGAUCUGCUGCUGAAAUUUGUACAGGCAAGAGGGAAGAUUAACAAGUAUCUGAAGGUACUAAGAAACAGUUAACUAAUGAUGGAUAACUAACUAACCUGCCCCUCCCCAAACUGGCAAUACAAUGUUUUCUCUUUUUCUUAGAUGUUACCUGUAAUGCUAUCAGGUAAUAAGAUCAACA